CUGGAUUGAGGAUGUUUUCGUUUGAGAGCAUAUUUUUGGUCUGACUUGCUUUCACAAUAACAGAAACGAACUCUUUAUCUGGAAGGAACCUGUGGUUAAAAUGAAGCCCUUUAUUUGGGGAAUUUUGCUUAUGCAUGGUGUAUCUGGUUUUGAUGCAGACAUAAUGUUUGUGGAGGGAGAUUCAGUCACUCUACACACUGAUGUUAAAACAAACCAACGAGACAGAAUUAGAUGGUAUUUUAAUAGCACUCGUAUCGCUCAAAUCACUGGAGAUCUCAGUAAGAUCUGUACAGAUGUUCAGUGUAAUGAAGGAAAUGAGAGAUUCAGAGGAAGACUGAAGCUGAAUCAUCAGACUGGAUCUCUGACCAUCAUGAACAUCAGAACCACAGACUCUGGACUUUAUCAUCAAGAGGCUAUAAUCAGCGGCAACAUCAGUGAAAAGAUCUUCAGUGUCAUUGGUCGUCCUGGCUCAGAGGCAGUGCAGAUGAAGAGAAAUAUGAAGGGAGCAUCAGACAUUUUUGACAAUGCUAUAAAAAAUCCAACACUGAGUAAAGGUACAGGUGAUUCAAGAAUAAUUGCUGGUGUAAUCCUGUCAUUGCUGGCCAUACCUGCUAUUGUUUUGAUUUACUGGAAAAUCAGGAACUCUAAACGAAAUGAACCAAAGCGUAAAAACAGAGAAGAGUCCAGAGAGACAUGUGAUGUGAAAUUCAGAGACGGACUGAUGUCGGAUGAGAAGAUUGGAUCAUCAGAAAUGAUUGAUUAUAGACCAUCAAUCGUCAAAUGUGAAGAAACAUAAUUCAAGAGAUUCUGUGUCUUUGACCAAAUAAUACAAAUACAAACCAUUUUCACCAAAGAAAUAUGCCAAAUUCGGCACCACAGGGAACUUGCCGAUCACAGAGCUGGAGUUCAUCUAAUAACCAUCACAAGCAAGACAAAGACCAAAAUGUAGAUUCAGUAUUACUAAUAUGGUGAAUAAAGAUUUACAGUUUGCCCUGUCUGUUUCAUAUAGGGAUUUCAUAGCUGCAUUCUUUUCUUAUCUGCCUGGUCCUGUCAUCAGCAGUAACUCUUCAAACUGUUCUUCAUCAUCAUCAUCAUCAUCAUCAUCACAGCAGAAUUGUUCAUUGUUGUGUUCAGCGGUGAAUGUGAGUCAUGUGACU